GAUACUGACAAAGUUGAAUGUACAUGUCGUAAUCAUAAUUUAUCAUCUUGUUUUGAACUUUUAGUCAGAACCAACAACUAUACUAGCGGUGAGUGACCAAAGUCUGAUAAAAACAAAAUCUUUACCACUAUGUCCUCCUUUCUACAAACUUCUCUUUCACACCAAAAUUUCCAUUCAUUCACAAUGCUUUUCUUCACCAUCUUUCCACUCUUACUCUCACUUCUAUUCAUCAUAAAAAAAUGGUAUUUCAACACCAAGAAAAACUCACCACCUUCACCUCCAAGAUUUCCUCUACUUGGGAAUCUCCAUCAACUUGGCUUGUUCCCUCACCGAACACUCCAAACUUUAUCUCACAAAUAUGGCCCUUUAAUGCUUCUUUAUUUUGGAAAGGUUCCAGUACUUGUUGUUUCAUCUUCUGAUGCAGCAAGUAAAGUAAUGAAAACUCAUGACUUAGUUUUCUCUGAUAGACCACAACGUAAAAUCUUUGAUAUCAUGUUAUAUGGUUCCAAAGAUGUUGCAAGUUGUGCAUAUGGUGAGUAUUGGAGACAAGUAAGGAGUCUAAGUGUGUUACAUCUUCUUAGUAACAAAAGGGUUCAAUCUUAUCGUCGUGUAAGAGAAGAAGAAACUUCAAGAAUGAUGGAACAUAUUAACAAGAGUACUUCUUGUGUGAAUUUAUCUGAGUUGUGUUCUAGAAUUACUAAUGAUAUAACAUGUAGGGUGACUUUAGGAAAGAGAUAUGGUGAAGAAGGUGGUGUGUUUCCUGAGCUGAUGUUGGAGUUUGGAGAGUUGUUGGGUAGUUUCUUUAUAGGUGAUUAUAUACCUUGGCUUAACUGGUUGGGAAAGGUUAAUGGUUUUUAUAGCAGAGCUGAAAAAGUGGCUAAACAUUUGGAUGAUUUUUUUGAGGAAGUGAUUGAGGAUCAUAUUAGUGGUAGUAGAUUUGAUAGGGAUGUUAGUGUUGACAGUGAGGAAAGUGAUGAUUUUGUGGAUAUUUUGCUUUCUGUUCAAAAGUCCAAUGCUAUUGGCUUCUCAAUUGAUAGAACUGCAAUUAAGGGUUUGUUACUGGACAUGUUUGCUGCAGGUACUGAUACAACCUACACAGUCCUAGAAUGGGCAAUGACAGAACUAUUAAGACACCAAACUGUGAUGCAAAAAUUGCAAGAUGAGGUUAGAAAUGUGGUUGGUAACAAAACUCAAGUAACUGAAGAAGAUUUGGUUAACAUGAACUACUUGAAGGCUGUGAUUAAAGAAACUCUUCGCCUCCAUGUACCGAUUCCGUUAUUAGUCCCUCGGAAAUCCAUGGAAGAUAUCAAAGUAAAUGGCUAUGACAUUGCAGCUGGAACACAGGUAAUAGUGAAUGCUUGGGCUAUUGCAAGAGACCCUUCAAUUUGGGAUGAACCUCUAGAGUUUAAACCAGAAAGGUUUAUGAAUAGUUCAAUUGAUUUUAAAGGAUUUGAUUUUGAACUUAUUCCAUUUGGAGCAGGAAGGAGAGGUUGUCCUGGACUCUUGUUUGCUAUUGCUGUCAAUGAAUUGGUGUUAGCUAAUCUUGUUUAUCAUUUUCAUUGGAAAUUGCCUAAUGGUGUUGCAGGGGAAGACUUGGACAUGUCUGAAGUUGUUAGCUUUACUUGUCAUAGAAAAUACCCUCUCAUUGCUAUACCUACCAAAUAUGAGAAAAAUGAAGAAAACCAAAGGGGAAAAAGUAUCAUGUAGCACCAAUAUUUUGAAUUAAAUGCAUGUUUGGUACGUGUUAGUGUCAGAUGUUAUUAUUUAUUAUCGUGUCCAUGUAUGUUUUAGUGAUAUAUAGGAAAUAAUUAUUUGGAGUAUUUAUUUAACCAUUAAAAUGAAAUAUUUUAGAGUCAAUUGAUGUAUUUAAUGAAAUAUUUGUAUAAUUUUUUUUCUUCCUUUUAUAACUAUAUUAUAUAAGUGGGGACCCCAUGCCCCAUCA